AUGGCCCGGAAGCUCGAGCGGCACAUGCCGUUGAGGUUCAGACUUUUGGGUAAGUGUUUCGUGGUGACAGGCGCAAUUCUACUUGCAAUCCUCACCCUUCUCUGGAGUCAGUAUCUGUUUCCGACCAUGCUGGACGCUCAUGUGGCCUUUGAUGCAUAUACCCUGCAUCCAUAUUACACACACUUUGCGGCCGUACUUAACGAGUAUGAUGAAUUCAUGAAUGACUGGACAUUUGAGGAUUUCGAGCUUGUGCCAGCGCACCGCGAACAGGAUCCGGCUACGGAUUUAUUCGUAAUCUACCUUUGGCAUGUGACAAACACGGAAAAUUUCAUUGAGGGCGGCUACAAGCCACGGCUUCAGGAGAUGGGUCCAUACGCGUAUGUACGACAGGCCUACAAGUAUGAUAUCGAAUGGCCAGACGAUAGCCAUCACGUUACAUACAAAGAGUGGUGGUUUCUAUCACCGGUUGAAUCACCGGAAGCGUGCCGUCUCAUGUUUUUCCAACAGGGCUUGGGCGAGUACAACGAGCACACCCGGGAUCAUCCAGCGGCGUGCGCUCCAGACCACGAAGAGUACAUGUCGCUACAGAACCGCUGGACCACUGAAGGUAUUUUCGGUGAGCUGUCUCAGUCUGUUUUUGCUAAUAUUCGCGAAUCCAUGGUCAAAGCAGAACUGCUCCCAGAAGCCUUCUCUGAUGUGUGGGCUUAUCGACUCGCGGUGCACGCGUCAUCGGCCUUGAACGUUGUAGUAUCGGCGCUCACAGACUCUGAUGCUGCGUUCCAUUUCGCAGCUUCGGAUAGUAGCGCAACUGCGCUAAUGCUAGAUAAGCUCUCUGUAUCUUGGCUAAUGGGCAACGCAGCAUAUGGAACGGCUGAUGCAAUCGAACUGGCAUCCACCACAAUUGCAGGAGCAGAUGCAUCUAGAGCAAUGCUAUCAGCUGCAGAAGCAGCAUACCUGCUCGCUCCUGCCAAUCCGAUUUCCGUAUUAAAUUAUGACCGUGGUGUACCUCUCUGGAUUGGUGCAGCGAGGCAUCUGGGUCUUAUAGUGUCAUCCGUCGUAGAAGAGGAUGCAGCGGCGGCUAACCAGAUUGCGCAUGCAUACCUGCUUAGUGAAUUAUCAACAGCAUUUGGCAAGGGCCACGUCGAAACCGAAGCUCUGGUGCUAGGAAUAGCAACGUAUCUUUACGGGGAGGUAGGCUGGAUGGCAUCUCCUAGCGCGGACAAUUACCGCGCUAGGGAGUGGGGCGGUCAGGCUUCAUUUGUACGGGGAGGCGGUUGUGACUGUGGAACGUACAGCACCGGACUUUAUGCGGAUGUUGCGGUCGAGACGGUGCCUGGAUUCUACUUCUAUACCUGCGCCUGGGGUCUGGCUUCUUCGCUGGGAUUUUACGCACCUUGGGAAGCUAUGGGCACGGCCCCACCGCUAAAUGACACACUCACACGAUGGAUCAUUGACCCCAAUUAUGAAGACACCCGCAGUGAGCUUGGUAUCUAUAUUGACGAAAAUCUUGUCCGGUGGUGGCAGGCAUAUGAGUACUGUAAUGUUUCGAAGGGUGGACGCAGUCCAACGUGUGAUGCAAUGAGUGAAGCGAACCAGAUGACUGAAGUUGAGCUUCCAGCUGCGAUGCUCAGUCUCAGCCAACACACUAUGACAUCUUUUUCUGCAAGUGCAAACACCCUUGCUGCUGUAGAUUCGCAUCAAAAAAUUACAGGCGCCUCCACCCCACACCCCACCACCCCCCACGCCCAGCCCAGCCUCGCGGUUUUUAUGCUGGAAGAAGACUCCGACCUCUGCUUAGGCUCGGCUGAAUUCGCGACAAUGCGCCAGUACCGGGGACAGGUGUGCGCCGUAGCGGGGCAUCUCUAUGACAAGUGGUCUCUGCAAGACCAUUGGCAUGAAGUCUAUGUAGCGGCUAGCGCUAUGGCAAUCGGCUACUCUAACAUGAAUUUGACAACAGCGGAUGCGCAAAUUCUCCUGGAUGCGCUUGCCGGAAAAGGCACCGAGGCGCGUAUUUUCCGUGGCAGCAUUGGCAAGGUUGCAACAUCAUAUCGCUGCGAUGGAUCGGAUGGGGGCAAUAUCCGGUUUCAAGAGCGACCUUCGGGCGUUGACGACAUCCCUGCAGAACUCGACGAGACCUGUGAACCAUACUCGAUAUACUGCGAUUCGAGGUUUUUAUGUCUUCAGAUCUCACUUGCCAGCGUAUUCAGGAUCACUAUAAGGAGUGUUCUUGGCUGGAAACCGAACCAGGCUACAGCUACUGUGACAAUUCUCAAGAUUGACUCUGCCUAUGACCACGACUACCAAUCGGCUACGAUUCACCCGUAUCCACGACAACGCGGUAAUGUCAUCGCCUUCUGGCUCCAAGAAUGGUCCACAUAUCGCGUGCUCAUCGAAAGGCGCACGGUAUGUUACGUUGAUCGCGUUGCCAUGAGACUCCUCAAUUCGGAGCUUGAGCCCUACAACCUCACCGCUCGUUGUGUGAAUCGGUCGACACUCGAACUUGACGAGUACUGUAGGCCCGUGGAGAAUAUUGAAUGCUCGGAGGAUGGAUUUGAGGUCUCUGAUGUGAGUGGCAAUCUUGCACGAUUUCAGCGAGAUGGCCAACGCCGGGAGGAAUGGUACGCUCCUAAAAUUAUCCUCAACCUUUCUGAUAUAUCAUCAACUGUGGGUCCUCUUGAUGUUGCAAAUGUUUCCGCUAGCAAUACGCUCGCCAUCGACAACCCAGCUUUUGCUAUCUAUCCAGGCAAACUCUGGGUGCCUAACGCAUCCUCCUACCGCCUGCGCAGGGGCGAAGGUGACACUCGAUCACUCAAAUUUCACAAGAAGGCCGAUUGCGAUUUCCGUUUCCUCGGUGGCGCGAAGAAGUGGGGAAGUUGCACAACUCGACUACAGACAGGCAAAGGCAAUCUCAAUGAUGUGCAGCGCGUUGCAGAAUGGCGCGGUAAUGGGACUCUUAUCACGGGUGACGAUUUUGUGGAUACAAUCAACACAUCCGCUGGGACGCUGAUCCACCAAACACGCCCUUUUGGGUGGGAGGGCUUCCGAGCCUACAACUUCACAUAUCUGCUACGGGGCAAGGGCUUCGACUUUCAAGGUGCUGACGUGAUGUAUGUGUUGAACGCGGACCAUCUUAUGCUCAUUGAACUCAUGCGUCUCCGCACUGGGGACCUCAAGAUUGGAAUGGCAGACCUCUCCGAAGAGUACUAUGUCGAGUGGCCGACCCGCAAGAAGGCCGAGGCCCACAAUUAUACACGUCGCUUCUGGGCUCGAGCUAAUCGCUAUGAGACCACGUCUACGACAUUCGACGAGGGUCGUCGGUUUGCUCGUGAUAAACUCAAAGACCUGCAUGAUGAGAGAUAUACGAUUCCCUACGGUAUGAUAUCUCUCCAGGCCAUCACUGAUACACCCUGCUUUAUAAGCCUGCCUCACUUCUACGGCAACGAAGAGUGGGGUGGUCUCGAGGCUAGGCAGGUGUAUUUCGACACCAAUUAUGAUCGCAGGCUUCAUAGCUACUAUGUGGACAUCGAACCCAUCACUGGCCAGACUGUUCGUGAGGCACGUCGCUUCCAAUUCAACUUUCGCGUCGAACGCAAUAUGCAGUUUCCCCAGAUCAUCUCAAGCCAAGAACGCUGUGAAGUGCCCACUGCAGACUUCAGCGAAAACGGAUAUGGCUGUUUUAUGUUCUUUCCUGUAUGGUGGGUUUCAGAGGAGCGCCAUAUAGACGGCGUCAAAGCUUUGCGCCUCAAGCGAGAAGUCCUUGAGGUCACCGAGCGCCUUUUUUAUACUGCGCUUUAUGGUGCAGCCGUUGGGUUCAUGCUCAUCUUUCUUGGGAUAGGACCCUGGUGCUGGACGAAUCGGAGGGAGGUCGCUUUUCGUCAGCGAAUAUACAUCGACUGA